GCCGGGCGGCUCCCAGCGCGACUUCCUGUUGUGCCUGCGCCCGGCCGCCGCCGCCGCUGCCGCCCGGCACCCCUCGCCGGCUCCCCGCGGCCAGGCGCGAAGCCGCCCAUGGAUUUCACUUAGGGUGGCGGCAUGGCGGCGCAGUGCUGCUGCCGCAAGGCGCCCGGCGCCGAGGCCGCGCCCGCCCGCCCGCCGCCGGAGCCGCCGCCCGCCCUGGACGUGGCCUCGGCCUCCAGCGCGCAGCUCUUCCGCCUCCGCCACCUGCAGCUGGGCCUGGAGCUGCGGCCCGAGGCGCGCGAGCUGGCCGGCUGCCUGGUGCUCGAGCUGUGCGCGCUGCGGCCCGCGCCCCGCGCGCUCGUGCUCGACACGCACCCGGCCCUGCGCCUGCACUCGGCCGCCUUCCGCCGUGCCCCCAACGCCACCACCGCCGCCGAGCCGCCCUGCGCCUUUGCUUUCGCCACCCCCGGACCCGGGUCCACGCCCCCGCCCCCGCUGCCCGCCUUCCCCGAGGGUCCCGGAGCCGAGCCCUCCUGUUGCCCGCUGGCCUUCAGGGUGGACCCAUUCACCGACUAUGGUUCCUCGCUCACCGUCACGCUGCCGCCUGAGCUGCAGGCGCACCAGCCCUUCCAGGUCAUCCUGCGCUACACCUCGACCGACGCCCCUGCCAUCUGGUGGCUGGACCCCGAGCUGACCUACGGCAGUGCCAAGCCCUUCGUCUUCACCCAAGGCCACUCUGUCUGCAACCGUUCCUUCUUCCCCUGCUUUGACACACCCGCUGUCAAGUGUACCUACUCAGCCGUAGUCAAGGCCCCGUCGGGGGUGCAGGUGUUGAUGAGUGCCACAAAGAGCACCUACGUGGAGGAGGAGGGCGUCUACCACUUCCACAUGGAGCACCCCGUCCCCGCCUACCUCGUGGCCCUGGUGGCCGGGGACCUGCAGCCGGCAGACAUUGGGCCCAGGAGCCGUGUGUGGGCCGAACCGUGCCUCCUGUCCAUGGCCACCAGCAAGCUGUCAGGCGUGGUGGAGCAGUGGCUGAGUGCGGCCGAGCGGCUGUAUGGGCCGUAUAUGUGGGGCAGGUACGACAUCGUCUUCCUUCCCCCCUCCUUCCCCAUCGUGGCCAUGGAGAACCCCUGCCUCACCUUUGUCAUCUCCUCCAUCCUGGAGUGUGACGAGUUCCUGGUCAUUGAUGUCAUCCACGAGGUGGCCCACAGCUGGUUUGGCAAUGCCGUUACCAAUGCCACGUGGGAAGAGAUGUGGCUGAGCGAAGGCCUGGCCACCUAUGCCCAGCGCCGCAUCACCACCGAGACCUAUGGUGCUGCUUUCACCUGUCUGGAGACGGCCUUCCGCCUGGAUGCCCUGCAUAGGCAGAUGAAACUCCUUGGAGAGGAUAGCCCAGUCAGCAAGCUGCAAGUCAAGCUGGAGCCAGGGGUGAACCCCAGCCACCUGAUGAACCUGUUCACCUACGAGAAGGGCUACUGCUUCGUCUACUACCUGUCCCAGCUUUGUGGGGACCCCCAGCGCUUUGACGACUUCCUUCGAGCCUACGUGGAGAAGUACAAGUUCACCAGUGUGGUGGCCCAGGACCUUCUGGACUCCUUUCUGAGCUUCUUCCCAGAGCUGAAGGAGCAGAGUGUGGACUCCCGGGCAGGGCUGGAGUUUGAGCGCUGGCUCAAUGCCACGGGGCCGCCGCUGGCCGAGCCAGACCUGUCUCAGGGAUCCAGCCUAACCCGGCCCGUGGAGGCCCUCUUCCGACUGUGGACCGCAGAGCCCCUGGAGCAGGCAGCUGCCUCAGCCAGCGCCAUCGACAUCUCCAAGUGGAGGACCUUCCAGACGGCACUCUUCCUGGACAGGCUGCUGGAUGGUUCCCCGCUGCCCCAGGAGGUGGUGAUGAGCCUGUCCAAGUGCUACUCCUCCCUGCUGGACUCCAUGAACGCUGAGAUCCGCAUCCGCUGGCUGCAGAUCGUAGUCCGAAAUGACUACUACCCUGACCUCCACCGGGUCCGGCGCUUCCUCGAGAGCCAGAUGUCCCGCAUGUACACCAUCCCGUUGUAUGAGGACCUCUGCACUGGUGCCCUCAAGUCCUUUGCGCUGGAAGUCUUCUACCAGACACAGGGCCGGCUGCACCCCAACCUGCGCAGGACCAUCCAGCAGAUCCUGACCCAGGGCCUGGGUCCCAGCGCAGAGCCCAGUGCAGAGCAGGGUGGUGCUGGAGCAGAAGCCGAGGGGGACGUGGACACGCCUGCCCUGCUGCUCGGGGACGAGGCCCCCAGCAGCGCCAUUGCUCUCAGGGACGUCAACGUGUCUGCCUAGCCCAGACCUCCCAGACACCACAAUUGUGCCUUCUGUGGCCCAGGCCUGCCAUGACUGCACAUCGGCUCUGGCCACGAGCUCUGCCUGGGCCCACACAUGCCCCUCCUGUGGCUUCUCCCAGGGACUUCCUCGUGGCCAGCCGAGGCCCGUGGACAUGGUCCCCCCAGCUCUCUUGCACUGCAGGCCCCAGAGCAGCCAGCACACGCCACAUCCUUCUGUCUCAACACUGACUGCCGGGCUCUGCCCCUGGGGUGACGGCCCCACAGUCCCAUAGCGACCACCACACUGUGCCUUAUGUCUGCUGGGAGGCCUGAGCUGCGCUGUCCCCACAGCAUGCCUCCUGCAGAGCCCUACACCCCGAACCUGGGGUGAGCAGCCUCAGUUGGCCCCUGGCAGAGGGUCGAGGAUGCAGACACGCCCUCAGUGUGGGGGCAGGGGACACUGAGGAGAGAAUGGACAUCCCUGGGGAAGGGCCCCUGGAAAGCCUUAGCCCCUCAGGGAACAGGGGGCCCUGGGCCCCAGGGGAUGUGGGACAGGAUGUCUAUCUUGUGGCUGCUGGGCUAGUGUAACUGUGCCCGGAGGGAAGGUAGCGGGUGGUGCUGGUGCUCUUUUUAGGCCCACCGUGCUGGGAGAGGCCUGGGGACCCCACGCUCCGAGCUGGGCCACCCAGAAGACCUCUGUGACAGGGUCGCCGUGAUAUCCCAUUAAACCUCCACUCUGAAAACGACCUCCCAGCGUAUUCACCCCGGCCUUUGUCCUUUGCAUCUGCCUGAGUGCUCUGAGGCGAGGUCAGGAGCUGGUCGAAGCCCAUCCUCAGAUACAUAGGCCCCUAGCCAGAGGCAGGAGGAUGCUGGAUGGGGCUGAGGGUCUUCCUCUGCACUCCAGCCACUCCCGGCCAUCUGACUCUGCCCUGCAGCCUCUGGGCUCUAAGGGCCAGCCUUCCCUGCUCCUAGACCAGGCCUCGGGGCGCCCCAUUCGACCCUCAGACACCAAAACAAAGGUAGGCCACUUGUCACCACCCUUUGGGCCUUUCUCAGCGGUGGUUCCCCACCCCAAAGGAGUAAAAGGGAGAGGUGAGUGGUGGGGUGUUUCCUCAGAGGAGCGAGACAGGGUGGGGGCAGGGCUGUGACGGCCACUAGAGUAGGUCCUGAAGAGGCUGUGGUACAGAGGGGGAUCAGAAGAGGCACUAAGGUUGGGGACUCCCACUCAGGCCGUCACCAAAAGAACGGCUGAGCUGUGGGCUGUGGCCAUGAUGCAGCCACUGAGUUUAUAGGGUGGCGGCUGGGCUCAGGCCAACAGAGCAGCAGUGCUAUCUGGUUACAGGUCUCAUGUCAGGAUUACAUGCUCUGGUCCAAAGUGACAUGUUACCCAACCCACUGGCCAGAUUCAGGCCCAGAGCUUCCUUUUCACAAGGGGCCAGGACAUGGGACGGGAAAUGGCAGGCCAGCAACCCUGGUGUCACCACAUCCAGCCCCCAGGUCACCAGAUGUCCCAUUGACUUUUCCCUGCGCUUCAGACCCCCCUCCCCUGGAGGUGCCCCCCAACCCAGUCGUGACACAAGCCCAUACCAGUAGUCUCCAGGAAUGGGGGUCCAUGUACCAGCCUUGCACCAGGGCCGGGUGGGACUUCACUCAACCCAAGGACAUUCACCCUCCCUACAGGGAACAGAGACCAGGCCACUGCAACAACAUCCUGGGGGAGGAGGACAAGGUGCCUAGCAGCCCCUGUCCUGCCAGGCAGGUGCUGCAAGGGACCCUGUCCCAGGAAUGGGCAGCUCUGGGGCCUUGGCUCCACCCUCAGGGAUCCAUCCUCAUCCUGUCUUCUUGGCCUCUGAACAUGGCUCUGGCCAAGAAGCCCUCCUUGGGGGUUGCACUGCUCAGCCUCUCCCCUGCCAAGGCUGUGUGCAAGUCUCUAGUCCCAAACUUUCAGUCCUGGCUCUGAGUUUCUUUGGCAGUUCAGUUCUCACAAAGUGGUGGCCUCAACAUGCGCUUGGUUCCAGUCCUAUGGGCCUGCAGCCCUCCUGGAUGGUCACUGCUGAGAGGGGCCCACCCUGACAGCCUCUAUGGACUUUGGACAGCUCAGAAGCAGCUCUCAGCUGUCAUAACAGAAGUAACCACACCCAUAUCCUUGAUGUUGUCCUGGACCUUGAUCUGCCCUCUGGGGCCAGCAGGGUGCUCUUAGCCCGGGGGUCCCUGCAUCCCUAGCUUUUCUCAGUUCCUUUCCUCCCAGCUUACAAACCCAGAAUACUUUUCCAACCAUCUUUUCUUAGUAGUAUCUUCCCCAAUGCAGCCUGUGACCAACACGUGCUAAUGUUUCCCAACCUCUUCACCAGACCAAGUUAUUCAGGACGUCAUCGGUCUCAUGAGCCAUCACAGCUGUUUUCCCACAAGUUCCUCGGCUGCAGCAUUCCUGCUUUCAGUAAUGGGCCCCAGCCAGCCCCCAAGCCGGCAGCACACAUCCUGAGUAUUAGAGUAGCACCCUCGCCAAGGGGUUGCUUUCCAUACCACGCAGGCUAAAGUACACUCCAGCAACAGACAACUCUGAGAUACCAAGAUUUCAGCCUCCCGGGUUUAUUUCUCACUUGUGCUACUUGUUCACUUCAGGCCAGCAGUGGGGUGGGGGCUUCCUGGCACUGGGUCCUCAGGGAACCAGACUGAGGGAUGAUGGUACAUCUCAAACAUUCCAAGCACCUAACCACAGAUAAACAAGGGGCUCACACUGGUGAUUGGACACGUGGGGACCAUGCACCCCUUCUGUUCACACUGGCCUCAUGCAACCACUCCCACCUCAUAUAUUGCGGGACAGAAUUGAGUACUGAGGCAGCAGGAGGGUGGUGUCGAUGGAGCUGGGGGAGGGUCUGAAUAUCAGAUCUGCUGGGGCCCAGGGAGGUGGGACCUAGGCCAGAUGGCUUCCAUGAGGCAGGAUGGAGAGUUGAAGCCUGAGGAAGGGUGAGGGAGAUGCAAUUUGCAUGUAGAGCCUGCACUGCCCGCAGCCUCUCGGGGUCCGAGGGUCCAGAUAAGGUUUCCUGUGUCCCACAGGCCAUGUCUUGUGCAGUCCAGCCUCAUCCCUGGGGUACUUUUCUCCCAACACCACCCCCAACUUUUACUAGUGUAAGUCCCCCUGUUCUAGGUCAGAUGCCUUGGGCAGAACUGGAAACUUCCGACCUAAAGAUCCGGCUCACGGGAGAAGCAGUGAAGUAUUGGAAGGAGAGCCACUCAACACACCAAACCAACAGCUGAGCAGUCAGCCAGUCGAGGAAUCAGACGAGGACUUUCCAAUCCAAGGCGUUAAAAUCUCAGCCACAUGCGGGGCUGGAAAUAAGCCAUGGACAGGGAUAGGCAUUGGUGAAACAAAGGGCGUGUGAAAGAACCUGCCAGAGACCUUGAAAUGUUUUAAGGGACAAUUAUUAAAAAUGAAAAGCCAGUAAA